AUGUGGGGACCCGGGGUCACGGCCGAGGGCCUGUCGGUGGCGCCGGCGCCGCCACCGCUGCUGCCGCUGCUGCUACUGCUGGCGCUGGCGCUGGUGGCGCCCUCGCGGGGCGGCGGGGGCUGCGCGGAGCUGGCGUGCGGUGAGCGGGAGCGCUGCUGCGACGCGGCCAACGCCACCGCGGUGCGCUGCUGCAAGCUGCCGCUGCACGCCUUCCUCGACAACGUGGGCUGGUUCGUCCGCAAGCUCUCCGGGCUGCUCAUCCUGCUGGUGCUCUUCGCCAUCGGCUACUUCUUGCAGCGCAUCAUCUGCCCCAGCCCACGCAGGUACCCGCGCGGGCAGGCGCGGCCGGGGCCACCGGGGGGCGCCGGGCAGCCGGGGGCCGCGGGGCCGCCCGACGACGACGACGACGACGACUCGCCCGCGCUGCUGCGGGACGAGGCGGCCGCCGGCUCUCAGGACUCGCUGCUGGACAGUGGAGGCGGUGGCCGGGGCCGGGCAGGCGGCGGGCGCUCGGCCCCUUCCUGCGCCUCGGAGCACGAGCUGCGGGUAGUCUCGCCGGUCUUCCUGCAGCUGCCCAGCUACGAGGAGGUCAAGUACCUGCCAACCUACGAGGAGUCCAUGCGGCUGCAGCAGCUCAGUCCCGGGGAGGUCGUGUUGCCCGUCUCGGUGCUCGGCCGCCCGCGAGGUGGAGGCGCCGGGGCGUCCGACGGCGGCGGCGAGGGCCGCUUCCCGCUCAUCUGA